AUGGCCACCUUUCUCACUGCGGCGGUGGCCGUCGUCCUUGCACAAGUUGCAAUCGACGUUGCACCGACAGCUCCCAUGCUCUCUGCCGGCCUCUGGGCCACAGCCGUCGGAAUUGUUGCGACACCCCAUUACUUGCUUGCCGCCAACCAAUGGAAUCAGCAGCCUGCCACCGACUACGCCGCGAGCGUUGCGGAGCCCCCUCCCCAAGUAGCGGCCCAACAGCAAGCCGGCAGUACGAGUCGUCACGUCGCAACUGUAGUGUACAAGUACUGGACCAAAGCUGCCGAUGCCAUUUUGACUCCUGCCGGAACCUGCCCCCAAGCAGCGACCCAACAGCAAGCCAGCAGUACGAGUCGUCGCGUCGCAACUGUAGUGUACAAGUACUGGACCAAAGCUGCCGAUGCCAUUUUGACUCCUGCCGGAACCUGCUCCCAUGUUGCCUCUAACAGCGAUCCUGCCAGUAGCUCGACGAGCACAUUUGCAGCUAUGGUUCAGGCACCUAUGACUGCUUCUAGCCCUGUGACCACGCCCGAAGCGGGUCCCACGACCCCGAAGCUGGGGUAUACUCUCAAGACCCAGCUCGGUGCAUUCUGGAAUGCCAUUGCGGAUUUCGCAUCCACGUGCUUUAGCUAUAUGUACGCUCGGCUCGUUGGCUUCUGGAGCUUUAUUACAGAUUUCGCUUCGGGAUUCUUUGGCCACGUUUACGACCUGCUCAACUUUACAUGGACUCUCCUUUCGAAACUCCUCGCCGACUUCUUCAAUUUCGCCUAUGCAAAGCUUGUUCUGCUCAGGAACAUACUCUCGAACCCUAUCGCGUCGGUCUUCAGCCCAAUGUACGCUCAACUGGCCUCCUCCUGGAGCUUCCUCACUACCUCCGCCGCUUCAACCUUUCAUUGCGACUCGUAUCCUUGUGGUGACGCGGCAGAUGUCGCCAUCAGGGCCCUCGUUCUCUCUACAAUCAUUAUACUUAACAUUCGCAUGUUCCCCGUCCCAAAACCGAGGUUCGCGAAGCUCGUCAGCCUUCUUUGUCUGGUCCCUAUCAUUCUCCCGAUCGUGGACCAUUUACAUUGUCCCGCGGAUGUUGGAAUCGCCGUCUUUGUAUUCGUGGCUGUUUAUGGUACGCAUCGCCUCUUUCUAAGCUUCGUAUUUCUUGAAGCUGCUGGGCGGUGGGUAACCGAUAUGACUGUCCGCGUGGGGCAAGCUAGCGGCCAGUGGUUGUUCCAGGCCUGGGAUAUGGCACAUCACUGGGUUGCACGAGUUGCCGUAGCGCUUAUAACGCUAUUAAUACCCGGGGUUUUGCGCUGGUUCUCUCCCGAUUCAUAUACAAUCGCUCUCAAGGAGAAUACAACCAACGUCUUCCGCGUUUGUCGCAAGGCCGCAAGCAAUUCCUUCAGCAGCGUCAGCCGCACUGCUAUGGAAGUGGCUCCCACGGGAGAAUAUAACUGGCUUGUCCGGGGUGCUGCUAUGGUCGGGCCCAUCGUUGUUAUUGUUUAUCCAGGCCUCGUCUGGAUCCACCGCCUUCCCCUCGCUGGAGUUCGCUACCUUGCCUACUCCACUCUCGCUACGAGCACCAUUGGAUUCGCCUUCCUCUGGCAUGAAUACUUUGGCUUCCAGACCCGCGAUGCUGCACUCCUGCUUCUCGGCAUUGUUGUUUCUGGUUUGAUCAACGGCAUUUGGAACCCGUUCGCUCGUUGGAUCGUUCGUUGUUUUCUGCGGGCUGGCGCCGCGAUCGCUGACUUUGCCCGUUGCGUAGGACGCGUGAUUCGGCGAGCCGGCGCUACUGGUCUCGAUCUCAUGCAUUGGAUCCGGGAUUGCGUUGAGCAGGCACUAGCUGCCAUGACAGACUUCUCCCAGCACCUUCAGGCACUAAUCCAGUACUACGACAACUUCACCGUGGCCACCUGGGGCAUGCUCUGGAAUCUCAUUCGACCCACUCUUCUAGUGCUUCUCAACCACGUAGGGGACUCCAUCCGCAACGUUGAUCGGGGGAUUUGGAGCUGCGUUACACUUGCCGCUGUGGCGCUAUCCUUCAUUGAUAACGAGCUUCGUGGACAUUUGGACUGGUGUCCAUUGCUCGCUUGGCGUUGGCUUUGGCGCGCUCCCAUCAUCGCAACAUCCGUCGCUAUCCCGAUGCUAACGAUCAUUGCCGUGGUAAAAAGCCGUGGUCAGCAAAGGGUUAAGCUACUAUGCGUGUUGCUUGGAAGUGUUGCAGUAGAGGGUGGGGUUGCUUACUGGUGUCCGUAUGUCCACUGCGCUGUGGAGUGCAUCCAGGAUGCGCACAUUAUCAUCGCUACGUCGACAAUGCUCCUACUCCUGGGUCUCUGGGGUAAACUUGGCUUUUUGAAUGCAAGCACUGCUGCGUCGGAUGAUGAUAGCCCGGACGCUGGAGGUGCUUCGGUCGAGGAGAAGGAGCCAGCUAAGACUGUGAGGGAGACCAAAACGCCCCAAGGGGAUGCCGCAAGUCAACCCAAUGGAGCUGUCGAAAAGCAGAAGCAUGCCAAGAAAGAGGAAACGCCGCUGGAGCGUCAAACCGGGGCUCAUAUCGAAGACAUGCUGGAUACGAAGGCUGAUGGUAGGCCGGACGCUGGACCUGCUGCCGUUGGUCAGAAACAAUCAAUGAUCAAGUCUCAGCCUGACCAGAAUGCUCCAAGCCAACCCGAUGAACCGGUGGAUAAGACUGAGCCCGAGGAGAAUGCUGCGGAUCAACCUGAUGAAACUAAUGACAGUAAGGAGCGACCUGGGACCGAGACACAGUCCGACGAGAAGGUGGGCCGUGAGACCGACACUAAGGCUGAGACAGCCGACGACAAUAUUGCCAGUCUACCCGACGAACCGGUUGAGCAUCAGCAGUGUGCCAAUGAAGAGCAAAAACUGGCUACGACAGAGACUCAUCCAGAAGCGAAUACCACGGAUCAGUCCAGCAAGGCUGUUGAAAAGCAGGCCCAGGUCAACAAAAAGGAAACGCCGCUAGAGCAACAGACCAAGGCUCAUAUCCGAGACAUGAUGGGUCCGGAGGCUGAUAUUGAGAAGGCCAUCAAAAAGGACCAGCAUCCCGAUGGAGACGAACUCAAGCUCGUGCAGGACCAAAGGGCGCACAACGGAGAUGUUCUGGAUGACAUGCAGAGCACACGCUCCAAGGCUAAGAAAGUCAUGAACAAGCACAAGGAGAAGGCGGAGAAGAAGCGCGCUGAGGAGCAGGAAGCUAGAAACUUUACAUCGGACUUGGCGUCGAGAAAAGCCCGGGUCGCGGGUAGGAAGCUUCGGGGUGACCCAAAUGCUGCCAUGUGGGCUGGGCUUGGAACCGGAGAGCCGCAGAAGCAUUCUGAGCCUGAUGCUGACUCGUUGGCUAAUAGGAUCGGGAUUGGUGCGGGUGAAAAGAGCCCGCAGGGUCCCGCGCCUGAAAAGCCCAGGAACGAGGACUCCGGCGAGGCCCACGCCACGGAAAAGGAACAGCACAUAUCCACGCGACCGCUGCCUGGACGGGAACAGGGUCAGGCGCUGUGGAAGGCGUUCGCGCAUGGCAUGGAUGCCGGAAAGGGCGCAGGCGCAGAGUCGGCUGCUGGUGAUGAGAGCAUUCUGAAGGGAGACGAGCUUAAGAGCUCGCAAGACCCUGCGCCUGAGAAGCCCGGAGACGAGGAGUCUGGCGACCCUCAAACCGCCAUGAGAUCUGACAUCCCCAGGAGACUGUUGCGCUCAAGGGAAGAGGUCCAGGCGCAGUGGGCGGGGAUUAUGAGAGACGUAGCUUCCCCUAAGCCUUCUGCAUCGCAGGAGUCGCAAGACGGGGUGCAAGAUGAAGAGCGUCCAUCUUCUACGCAACAGCCAGCCUCACUCCUACCCCUACCUGGAAGGGAACAGUUCAAGAAGGGUUGGGAGCAGUUCAUGAAAGAUAAGGCUGGUCCUGAGGCUUCUGAGUCGCGGGAGUCUCAAGGCGGGGCGCAAGAGGAAAAGCGCUCAUCGUCUACGGAGCAGCCGGCACCUCAGACGAUCGGAGAAGGUGGAUCCACCGACUUUCCAAAUCCCAGCGAUACGAAGCGGUCACCGGAACAGCCCACAGGCGCAAAGAUGGCUUUAGGUGGUGCUGGGGAUCCCGAGGAUUCUGACUCCAAGUCUGAUAAAGACGAGGACAAGAAAGGCGAUAAGGAUGCGAAAGGCAAGGCGCCCCAGUCUCCAGAGCCCAAAAAACCUAGCGAGGACAAGGAUGUCAAGGUCCAGAAAUCCAGUGAUGAAAAGGCAUCUAAUGAUGCAGUGUCGUCCAGCAUGCCCGUCGAUUCCAGUCCUAAGUCUGGCGAGACGUGUAAUGAAGAGAUAGGGAUACCGAGCGGAAAAUCUGAUUCCUCGGAGCAGCCGCGUUUGGACAGCUCCCCCGAACCUAAGAGCACGCCCAAACCCGAAACUCCACCCAAAUCAGAGACUCCCACAAAGAGUGCGACCCCCGCUGAGCAGCAGACGGCUCCCACUUCCGAGCCGAAACCAGAUGUCGCUCCAGCGCCGCGCUCCCCAAAGCCCUGGGAGCGACCAAAGUUCAAUGCUGACGAUUUCCCACUGCCCGUCAAACCAACCGAAGCACAACUUGCAAAAGGCCCGAACAGUGCAAAGGCGCGCCGUGAGAGGUUGCUGGGAGGAGAAAGUCUUUUGACACGCUUGAGGAAAGAAAAGGAGGCGGACGAGGAAAAGAAGAAGAAAGAGAACGCUGAUUCUUCAGGCGCGGGAGAUGAUCCAAAUGCUUCGUCGUCUAGUGGUACUGCUUCUGGUCCUUCUCAACCUCUUACGGGAAGUGUGGACGGCAAAGCGCUGGCCGAAGAACGUGACAAGCGAGAGCGGGAGAAGCAAAGACAAGAG